CCGCAGAGCCUCCGAAUCGAUACGACGCGCGUCACGUGCCGUCAACCGCGACCAAUAGUCGCGCGCGGGCGGCAGCGGGGCCAGCGCGGGGACUGCAGGGGGCGGCCGCUCUCCACCAACCCACAGUACACGAGGAGCAGUCGCGCGGGGUAGACGUGCGUCGCGCGCUCUCCCAUCCACACGAGUUUCUCCGAAAACCGGUCCGAUGCAUCGUGACAUGUUAAAGUGUGCAGUGUCGCCACAAUGAGUGCGUGGACUGAGGAAAUGUUGUCCUGGCGGGACGAACGGCUUGGCCUUACCGAGUUACCGAGCACGACGACGAGGAGAAAACAUCGUAGCGCGCCUUACAGACUACACCGGCCGCAUUUGCCUUCCGCUCACGUGUCCGAGCCCCCGACUGAGCCUCAGGGAACUCACAUCUCGAGGCUGUAUCCAGAGUUGUUGGCGCUUAUAUUUGAAAGACUACCGGUGCGAGACAGGGGCCGAGCUGCACAAGUUUGUCGCGCGUGGAGGGACGCAGCUGAUCGAAGAUCUGUUUGGCGUGGCGUAGAAGCCGCUCUGCAUCUACGGAGACCUGCUCCUGUACUGUUUGCAUCCUUAGCUAGACGUGGAGUAAGAAAAUUACAAGUAUUGUCACUUAGAAGAGGCUUAAGAGACGCAGUCGCAUCUUUACCUGGGCUAGAAUCGUUGUCUUUGAGUGGAUGUUACAGCGUCACUGACGCAGCACUAGCCAGCGCGUUUGCUGCCGAACUGCCGGCAUUGAAAAGACUUGAUUUAUCACUUUGCAAACAGGUAACGGACUCUUCGCUCGGAAGGAUCGCUCAAUCGUUAAAGAACUUGGAAGAACUAGAGCUAGGCGGUUGCUGCAACAUUACGGAUACAGGUCUGCUGUUAAUAGCAUGGGGACUUAGGAAUCUCCGUCGAUUAAACCUGCGGUCGUGUUGGCACGUUAACGAUGCCGGAAUCGCCCACCUGUGCGGCGGAGGGGAAGCCAGGGGAACUCCAGAACUCGAGCAUUUGGGCUUGCAAGAUUGCCAAAGGUUAACAGAUGAAGCAUUGAGACACGCCGCCACAGGUCUUCCUAAACUUAAAUCCAUAAAUCUGUCUUUCUGCGUAGCCGUUACCGAUGCGGGCUUGAGGCAUUUAGCGAGACUGCCGCAUUUAGAAGACGUUAAUUUAAGGGCUUGCGACGGAGUGUCCGACGCUGGUGUCGCCCAUCUGGCCGAGAGCGGAAGAUUGAGGGCUCUCGACGUUUCGUUCUGUGAUAAAGUUGGAGAUGAAGCGCUAUCGCAUGCGACGCUGGGCUUGUCCGGGCUGCGUUCGUUAUCUCUAAGCGCUUGUCGGCUAACGGACGAAGGCUUGGAGAGGGUCGGCCGGUUAUCGCAGCUAGAAACUCUCAAUAUAGGACAAUGCACGAAGGUCACAGACAGAGGCCUCCGGGCGCUCGGCGAGGGUCUGCGGAACUUGAAGGCGAUAGAUUUGUACGGUUGCACGGGCAUAACUCCGCAAGGCUUGGACCAUAUCGUGAAGUUGCCUCGGCUCAGUGUACUUAACCUCGGUCUGUGGCAUGUGCGGUGACCACACACGCGCUAGUUGUUGUGUAUGUGUGCGUGCGACGGCCAUGUUGAAGCGAACAAGCGCCAAGGUUGUAUACUAUUGACAAUGAAUAAAGGAAUUAACCAA